AGGAAACUACCAACUCGCAAACGGAGGGGUGAAUGGUCGCUUAUGAACUGCUAAACUGUAGUGGUUUCAGUGGUAAUGGAGCGUCUCUCCCUCUCCGGCUUUCUCACUUGCCCCUUAUCUCAGACGCUGAAAUCCAGGGUUAGGGUUUUGUCACAAACAAUUCCCUCCACUCACCUGCAAUCGUCUUUCCCCUUCUUCUCCACAUACCAGACCAAGCAAAAACAGAUGGAAACUCAGAGAAUGAUCUCUUGUGCCUCUCAGGGUGGAGAAAACGGCUUCACAACAACAACAGCUCCCAACGCAGUCUCCGUAGGUCGAAUUGCAGAGGUCAAGAGAGUUACUAAAGAAACAAAUGUAUUUGUGAAACUAAACUUGGAUGGUUCCGGAAUCGCCGAUAGCAGUACUGGAAUUCCUUUUCUUGAUCACAUGCUGGAUCAACUUGCGUCGCAUGGGCUGUUUGAUGUGCAUGUAAGGGCUACCGGUGACAUUCAUAUUGAUGACCAUCAUACAAAUGAAGAUGUUGCCCUUGCUAUUGGAACGACAUUGCUUCAGGCACUUGGAGAUAGGAAAGGAAUUAACCGGUUUGGAGACUUUUCAGCUCCACUCGAUGAAGCUCUCAUACAUGUUUCACUGGAUUUAUCUGGUCGACCUCAUUUGAGUUACGAUUUACAAAUACCCACUGAAAGAGUUGGAACAUAUGAUACCCAGCUAGUGGAACAUUUUUUUCAAUCAUUGGUGAAUACAUCUGGUAUGACACUUCACAUCCGACAGCUUGCUGGAAAAAAUUCUCACCAUAUUAUUGAGGCAACAUUUAAGGCUUUUGCAAGAGCUCUUCGACAAGCAACAGAGUAUGAUCCACACCGUCAUGGGACUAUUCCAAGCUCAAAAGGGGUCUUGUCACGUUCAUGAUGUUGUAAGGCAACAUGUAAGGUCUACUGUACAAUCCUCUGAGGUGUGUUAUUUGGCUAUGGCAGCAUGUCAAAUAUCAGGUGGACACAAUUCCCAGUUUGGUCGAUAGGCCAUUUCUACAAAAACCAAGGUUGUUACUAAUAAUAUUGUUAUUAAAGGGUAGGCUUGUGGAGUCUUUUAUCAAUUUGCAGGAUUAUGGCAAUGAUGACACCAUAUAAGGAAGGCGCAAUGUUUUUGUAAUCCAAAUGAUGAGCCUCCACAUUGUACCAUCUUGUUAAAUCAAUAAUAAAUCCUGUGUAAACUGCACUUUGAUGAUUGGAAGUCGUAUAUAUAUGGAAAAAUUCAAUCAAUUUUGAGUAUUGAGAGGU